GUCAGCAGGCAGCUGCGGCCCACUUCGAGAUCUCCUUAGAGAGAGUUCGGAGCGGCUGAGCAGCUCAGUGGGUUAUCAUGUGAUUCCCAGACUGGGCAGAAGUAGUCAUGCGUUCCAGCCGUGCUGUUGAGAAUGGGCAGCAACCCCAGGAAGUUGCCCAGCUGAUUAAGAAGCAUCUGGUGAACUCCAUUAAGGCCCUGCAGAAACAUUACGUGACAUCGGAUGCGCUCGUCACCAGCGACGAUGGGGACGCCAACACUCUUUGCUGUGCACUAGAGGCGGUGUUUGUGCAUGGACUGAAGGCCAAGCACAUCAAGGCAGAACCUGGAACCAAAGGAAGAAAACUAGGGGGCCGUCCACCCCUUCCUCAGCCAGUUUUCUGGGCCCUUCUAAAAUCUAUCACACACAGAAACAUAAUUUCUGAACUAGAACACUUGGAUUUCAUCAACACAGAUGUGGGGCGCUGCCGCGCAUGGCUCAGACUGGCACUGAAUGAUGGCCUAAUGGAAUGCUACCUGAAGCUCCUACUCCAUGAAAAGGCCCACCUCUCAGAGUAUUACCAUUCACCAGCCCUGCUGUUGGACACUGAGGAGUGUGAAUUCCUCCUGAGUUACUUGCAGGGCUUGUCCUCCCUGGCCUUUGACCUCUCUUACAAAUCCGCAGUUUUGAAUGAAUGGACUAUCACUCCUCUUUCAUUGUCGGGGCUAUGCCCAGCCUCAGAACUGCUGGACCCCCUGGUGAGUUUGGAGCCGCGGAGGAAAGAGUCGCUGGGCUCUCUCUCACAGUCUUCUGGCUCUGAUGAGGUGGAAGGCCGCCCUACCAUCUUGCCUCUCGUCAAAAGCCAGCAGGCAGAGAAACUCACAGCCUCCAAUCUGAGCAUCAGCACAACAGGAUCCUCACAGCUUUCCUCCAGCCUUGACUCAGACAGCCUCCUCCCUGGGAGCUGCACUCGAAGCCCAGACAGGGGUGAAGGGUCUGUCUUGGAUUACACUGAACUUGGCACCACAGCUGCAAAAGACUUGGACCGAUCACUCCAAGAGGUAUUAGCAGGAUUCAGCAGAGCACAGAGGACAUUGGAAUCUGCAGGAGAGAAGCCAACCCAUAUUGUGGCCGAGUCUUCCCUGUUGCAGUGCCUCUGUCCUGCUGCCAGUGCACCCCUUCCCUGUGGGGAAGUAACUGAAAGCCCAGCUGUUGUCCAGUUGCCACUUCCCCCUGCAAACUCACAACUUCUCAGCAAUGGCGGUUCACUUAAAAUGGGUGAAACAGCAGAGCCCUUGAUAGCCCUUAGCGCCGGGAUCGAGACAGCACCCGAGUUGAUCAGAACACACAUUGCCAAACAAGAAGCGGAUGCUACCCAGAUUCACUGUAUUGACAGCAGAAAAGUUGAAGAGAGCAUCAGCCAAGUGAAUGGCCAUGAUGGAAGCCAUCCAGGGAUGAGACAGCUUCCCUCGCCAGUCUCUCCAGUGGGCUGUCCGAAAACAAAUUGGAUCACUGAGGAUGAUUUUCACCUGCCUUCUUCUGAGGAUGUGGAGAAAGGCCCCUCUGCUUUACCCAAACCAUCGCCAGAGAGAGCUGCUGAAGCCCUGAUACAAAAUGAUGUUUUGGAUCAGACCAAGCUUCAUUUGUCCUCCCCAGGGGCCAGGAAAACCAAACCAUCCCCUGAGCGGGGAUCAAAACGUUUUAGCGUAGUUCAUCGGAGGCAGAUAGGUCUUUCCAAUCCAUUCCGCGGCCUGCUGAAGCUGGGGAACCUGGAACGGCGAGGAGCCAUGGGCAUCUGGAAGGAGUUCUUCUGUGAACUCUCACCGCUGGAGCUGCGCCUGUUUGUGGACAGUGAGGAGCGUGUGUGUGUGGAGAACUGCUCACUGCUGCGCUGCGAAUCCGUGGGGCUGGCUCACAAUGAUGGCCGCUUCGACCUCAUCUUCUCAGGGAAACGGCUGUGCCUUCGGGCUGCCAGUCAAGAUGAGGCAGAGGACUGGCUGGACCGGCUGCAUGAAGCCCUUCAGAAAUGCAAGCCUCAGCCCGAGGAUGACUGGGAAACUCUCGAGUGCCCAGAAGCGACAGAGGACCUUGAAACAAACUCUGCUAGUGGGGAGCAUGGAAGUUCAUUGGGGUUCUUGCAAUAUGAUAGGACUGCAGAAAAUGGGCUGGACUGGACAUGUGCCCUUGCCCCUGAGCUGGAUGCGGUCAAGGAAUCCGUCCUGUACCUAGAGGCUGAUCGGGCAUGGGCCCCGUUCGUGUUCUCCUUGUCUUUAGAAGCCUUGAAGUGCUUUAAAGCCCGUAAUGGCGAAAAAACCUUGAGCAACAGCUACGGGAUUGAGACCAUCCAGGACAUCUUGCCUGAUGUGAGUCUUGGCGGGCCUGCCUUCUUCAAGGUCAUCACUUCAAAAGCUGUGCUGAAGCUGAGAGCCCAGAGUGCAGAGGAGGCAGCAGACUGGAGAGACUUGGUCCGCCGAGUGCUUAUGUCCUACCUGGAAACUGCCGAGGAGGCUUUGACACUUGGAGGAAACCUGGAUGGGAACUCACAGGCUGUCCUGAAAAACAUUGUCAAAGAGAAUGGCUUCCUCCUGCAGUACUUGGUUGCCAUCCCAACGGAAAAGGGCCUGGAUGGCCAGAGCUUCAUUUGUGCAGGCUGCUCCAGGCAGAUCGGCUUUUCCUUUCCGAAGCCCAAGCUGUGUUCCUUCACAGGCCUCUAUUACUGUGACAGUUGCCAUCGGGAUGAUGAACUGGUGAUUCCUUCACGCCUGAUCCAUAACUGGGAUCUCACCCGGCGUCCAGUUUGUCGCCAAGCGCUGAAAUUCCUGACCCAGAUUUGCAAACAGCCCUUGAUUGACCUAAAACUAGUGAAUGAGACCCUCUACGACCACGUGGACCUCAUGAGGCACAUCUGCAGGACUCGUGAGCAGCUGAAGCUCCUUGGGGACUACCUCAUCCUCUGCCGCAGUGGUGCCUUGAAGGAGAUUACCAAGCGGCUUGAUCACCGGCAUUACCUCCUGGAAUGUCCCCAUAAAUACAGUGUGGCUGACCUGAGUCAGAUAGCGGACGGUGUUUUUGAGACUUUUCUUCAGUCCCUGAUUCAGUUUGCCUCCCACCACGUCUACAACUGUGACCUUUGCACUCAGAGAGGUUUCAUCUGCCAGAUCUGUAACAGCAAUGACAUCAUCUUUCCCUUCGAGUUUGACACGACAACCAGGUGUAGUGAGUGCAAGACGGUCUUCCACAGCAGCUGCCAGAUGAAUGCCAGUUUCUGCCCCCGCUGUAUCCGCCGGCAGAAAUACCAGCAGAAGCUGCAGGCAUCCCACUGGCAAUGAGCAAGCUCCUUGCAUACCACUCCCAGCUUGUCUGCAGAACAUGAGAGGCAAAGGCUUCUCAGGCUCCCUGACAAACACGUGUUGAGUCUCACCCAGCACUGAUCAUAUGACCCCUCAUGGGCUUUGGCAACACCAGCUAUAGAGAAGAGGCCUCCGAGUGCAGAUGGGACGGGGCAGGAGACUUCUUGGUGCUGACCUGUUGCUGCCUCGGGGCACUGGUUUCUUUGCCCCACUCUGACCCUCUCCUGCCUUUCCCAUCAGGCGCAAGACUGUUUUGUUCGCUGCAAGACUCGGAUCUGAACGGGAUGUGCGAAGCCAGGCUUUCCCAGAGACUGCCACUUCGUGGUUCUGUUGACUCAGAGCAGAGAGAGAGAUUUUGCUUGUUUUGACAUACUUUGUAGUGAAGUCCUUGUGCCUUCCGCACUUUACAGACUCCUCCUGAAAUGCCCACGUGCCAAAAGGCUGCUGAAUCCUUCGGGAACACAUUCCAUCCUUCCACCUCCUUCACGCAAAGUGACCUUUUUUGAAAUAAAAAGACCACUCUUCUGCUUUGUUUUUUAAAAAAAUGUUAGAUCAAUGCAUUCCAGAGAUGAAUUUUUAUUUUCCUUUUACUCUUCUAUGCAGAUAAUUAAAGUUUAUUUAACAAGAAACUAA